UGAGGGCUGAAAAAAUUGGUCCAAUUGACCUUUUGCCAUGCAUAUAUGGGAUCUUGUUCAUCGACGCAAUUGAAGUCUUUGCUCUACACCUCUGAUCUCUACAUCUCUUCUCGAGUACUGGGUCUUCAUUGCUCAAAAACGGCCUCCAUACACACCUUCUCCUUCUCCCUGCCCUCGCCGCAGACAGUCCCCUGACCCUCCCAGAAGCGCAAGACCGCCAAAAAAGCAGCACAUUCACAACAUGCCUGCAACCACCACCGCGCCUGAAGGCACGCCCGCCCCCCACACGCCCAGGCCAUUCCAGAUGAGCCAGAACUUGUUGUCCAAUGUCGGCAACUUCAAGUUCAUUGAAAGCACCCUGCGGGAGGGCGAGCAAUUCUCAAAUGCCUUCUUCGACACAGAAACCAAAAUCAAGAUUGCAACAGCGUUGUCCGAGUUCGGCGUGGAAUACCUAGAGCUCACGUCACCUGUGGCCUCUCCACAGUCUCGAGAUGAUUGCGCCGCGAUCUGCAAGCUUGGUUUGAAGUCCAAGAUUCUUACCCAUGUGCGCUGCAACAUGGACGACGCUCGAGCUGCUGUCGCAACUGGUGUCGACGGCCUCGACAUUGUUAUCGGCACCUCCUCGUACCUCCAGAAGUAUUCACAUGGCAAGAGUAUCGCAAUGAUCAAGGAAAUGGCACUCGAGGUGAUCGAAUACGUCAAGAGCGAGGGGCGCGAAGUCCGCUUCUCUUCCGAGGACUCGUUCAGGUCUGACUUCGACGACAUCAUGACUCUCUACAAGGCCGCUGAUGCUGCGGGUGUCGACCGCGUUGGUGUUGCCGAUACCGUUGGUUGUGCCACGCCCCGGCAGGUCUACGAGUUGGUCAGCACGCUUCGUGGUGCGGUGUCGUGCGAUAUUGAGGUCCAUUUCCACGACGAUACUGGGUGUGCCAUUGCAAAUGCCCUUGCGGCGUUGGAGGCUGGUGCAACACACAUUGAUGUGUCUGUCUUGGGCAUUGGCGAGCGGAACGGCAUAACCCCUCUUGGAGGAUUUCUCGCCCGGAUGAUCACCCUUGAUCGGGAGUAUGUGACUUCGCGUUACAAGCUACAGAAGCUCAAGGAGAUCGAGGAUUUGGUAGCCGAUGCUGUCGAGGUCAAUGUUCCUUUCAACAAUUACAUUACUGGCUACUCGGCCUUCCAUCACAAGGCCGGCAUCCACGCCAAGGCCAUUCUCAAUGCCCCGAGCACUUACGAAAUUAUCAACCCCGAGGAUUUCGGCAUGACCCGCUUCGUGCACAUCGGAUCACGCUUGACAGGUUGGAAUGCUGUUCGCAGCCGCGUAGACCAACUCGGGCUUCCCAUGACCGAUGUUCAGGUCAAGGAGGUUACUCAGAAGAUCAAGGCCAUGGCCGAUGUGCGCCCGCUAGGAAUCGAUGAUACUGACUCUAUCAUUCGAUCGUAUUACAGAGAACUACAAACGUAAUGCUGCAGUCAAGACGCGGAUUGUAGUCCUCACCAGCAAUUGUCUCACGUAAUGUUUAGGAAGGUUCGGCGAAAUCAAAAAUUGGUGAUUGGGAUUAGAAUAACCAGUCGUAUAGACGACCUGAGCUGCAUCUAAAAGUCUGAUCCAAUAAACAAAUGCAUUCCUACCC